GUUGCAUUUACUGAUUUACCCCAGUAAAAAUCUUGAAAUUGAAAAACUCCCUCCAAAAAUCAAACAUUUUUCAAAAUCAGGAAGCACGUGAAAUUCAGCUUUUUCUUUUAUUUUCUUUGACCCUUCGUCGCCCCUCAUUUGGCUCUGCUACUUCCAUGUGUUGAUGAUGGGUACGGUUUCCUAAAUGUUCUUCAAUGCUCCCAAAUCUAUAAACUGCAUUCACCUACUUCGUUUAAAUCCCUUGAAGUCUUGAACACAACCACUUCAAUUUCAAAUUUUAUCUUAUAUCUCUAAAACCCUAGUUCUCGAUUAAGAUCACACCAUGUGGCAAGUCUUGUUAGGUGCAGCAAUAGCAGGAUCUGGGUAUUUCGCUAAACAACUUCUCUACAAAAACGACGGCAAACCCACGAAUUAUUCCCCGCUAAACCUUGAUUUACCUAUCGAGAAUGCUGAAUCAGAAACUUCAAUUUUGGAAGAAGAUGCAUCAUCGAUUUUUAGGUUUUCCAGUACUUCACAUGGGUCAAAGAAUCCUCGGAAGAAAUUGGGUCGUGGUGGCGGGAUUAAAGGUGCUAGAGGAAACCAUGAAAGAAAAUCUGGGGUUGGGAAGAAAAUUGGCGAUGGAUUAGUUGAUGAUCAGAGGAAGAAUGGGAAGAAAUUUACAGUCUGUUUGAAGAAAAGGCGUAUCGGAAGAAAUACAUCUGCUAAAUGUGAUUCGUUUGAUGUUAAAGGUAAUAUACUUGGCUUUUUAUGUUCAUAAUCAUAAGACAAAACUACAAAUUUGGUCCUUGUGGUUUGCAAAAACCUUUGGAUAGGGUCCAAAAAGUUUCUGGCUUGCACCGAAGGUCCAAAAUCAAGGUUUUUCAUUGUUUUUGGUCCAAAAAAACUUGAAAAGUCGAUUUUACCAUUUUCUAUUUCUUUUUUCUAUUUUCUUUAUUGUUUUUGGUAUUUAAAUAAUUAAAAAAAAAAAAAAUCUUACCCAACACUUUCUCUCUCUCUCUUUCUCUCUCUCAACUGAAGAACUUCCCAUCUCGAAGCAGACGAACGAAUUUAGGGCUUUUUCCCUCGUCACUUUGACUGAUCGGGCAAAAGAGAGACGGAUACGAAGCUGCGAACGAAGCAGACGAACGAAUAAAAGGGAAGCAUGAUGGCUCGUAGGGCGCGAUUAUUCGUUGAUCGGUCGUGAGAAGGAUUAUCUCCUGGGUCGACGGCCAAGAGGCUGCGAAGGGACGGAGGUCUUCGAUUGGGCGAGACAAGCAGCAAUGGUAAUGACUUUGGUUGUUCGAUGUCCAACAGGAGGUAUGCGAGGGCCUUUUUGCUCCGUUAAUUCCUUGCUUCAUCUUCUUUUUGAUUUGGUAGGAACAAUGAAAAGGUGAAGGGAGAACGAAGGGGGUUUGUAGCUCCCUUGCUCACCGGGAACGCACAAGAAAACACCUCCGACGGAGGUGCUUCUGCCGAAAAUCGGGACAGAAGAAGGAAAGAAACAGGAAGAGUUCCUUGAUUGUUUUUUUUUUAAUCUGGUCAAUUUUUAUGUUCUUCAGUUAAGAGAGAAGGGAGUUUCAUUGUGUGUUUAUAGGACCAGUAGUGGGUUCGAUUAACAAGAUGAUGAUCAAAGGGAGGGGUAUGUCGAUGGAUUUGUGGAAGAUGAAUAAGAAUAAACCUGGGUUAGGUUAGGGAGAGAGAGAGAGAGAGAGAGAGAGAGAGAGUAUGUGUGUUGGGUAAGAUUUUUUUUUUUAUUUUUUUUUAAUUAUUUAAAUACCAAAAACAAUAAAGAAAAUAGAAAAAAGAAAUUAAAAAGGGUAAAAUCGACUUUUCAAGUUUUUUUGGACCAAAAACAAUGAAAAACCUUGAUUUUGGACCUUCGAUGCAAGCCGGAAACUUUUUGGACCCUAUCCAAAGGAUUUUGCAAACCACAAGGACCAAAUUUAUAGUUUUGUCUAAUCUUAAGUUAUGUAUGUUCUUGCUUUUGCAAAAGAUUUGACCUUUUUCUCGUUUGACCUAAUUGGUUUUAGUUUAUAUACUGAUUAGUGUAGUUUAGUUAAUGAACAAUGAGCAUUAGGCAAUGAAAUGUAAAGGGGUACUCAUCACUAAUUGGCUUCCCAUUUCGAAUUAUAAGCUAGAUUCAGAAAAUCUCGUGUCUUUGAUUCAUUUCAAUAUGUUCAGAUAAAUCAUCAUUCGGUUGGGGAGUUGGAGUUGGAAUAAUGUACAUGAUGUCAGCUGGAAAAGCCGAAAUCGAUAAACUAAACACAGCAGUAGACGAAACAGCUAAGGUCGUUCAAGAAUUAAAAAACGAAAUCUUCAAAAGAAAAUCAUCGCGUAAUUCAGAAAUCAAAAGAACCCUAAAUCAGAAAUCGGUAGAUAUCAAAUGGGAUCAAUCAGUUCUUCAGAAAUCAUCCAUGGAGACUGACGACUGCGGUGAUGCAAGUAGCAUGAUAACAGAAGAACGACAUCAAGAGGUAACAGAAAUGGAUCAAUUAGAAGCGGAACUUGAAUCUGAGCUUUUAAAACUUCAUAUCUCGAAAUCACAAGAUCAUGAUUUGGAAUCUAAUCAAAGCGGCGGUGUAAUCCCUUACGAACUUGAUCAGAAAUUAUGCCAUCUGCUAAUCGAACAACAGGAAAAUCAAAUUGUUGACUUGGAAUCGGAACUGCAUCUUACAAAUUCCAAGCUUUUGGAGAAGGAAUCGGAGCUUCAAGCAUUGAAGGAUUGCGUUAAACGUCUCACUGAGUUUUCUCUGACAUGUCCCUCAGGUAACACGUUUCCUUUCUUCAUUAAUAAUCACCAAAAUGACCAAAAUAGGAAGGUUCUUAUCACAAAUUUAACCACCUUUUUUUAAAAUUUAUUAGGAAUAAAUACUCAUUAUGCAAAAUGUUUUUUUUUUCUUUUUUGAAAAUUAAACCUUUGUUUUUCAGAUGAAGAAAGAGAAGGCCAGAUCGAUGAAGCUCAUAACAAGUUGAUUAAAGGGAAUGGAAGAUCAAUGGUUGGGAUCAAAAGAGCAAUAGACUUCGAUUGAAAUUCAUUUCUUCAUAUACUAACCUAGCUAAACAUUGUUUAUAUGAUAAAGCAACAUAACAAUAUUCUAUUUCUAGUUAUUUAAAUCCUAAUCGUUGGUACUUUCAAGUUAUUUUUCAAAAGAUUUCACUAUACUUACACAAAGAAAGUUAUAUGUCGUUCGGUUCGUUGGAAUCUAUUGGAAUUAUAAGGAAUUGGAAUCUGAUUCCAUCA